UAUCUAUAUCUUGUCUGGUUCACGAAGUUUAUUGCUCUCCCAUAAACAAGAAUGGUAGCUACAAGCAGAAAUGAGGUUCCAGCCUAUGACAGGGAAAGUGAGCUGAAAGCUUUUGAUGACACAAAAGAAGGUGUCAAAGGUCUUGUUGAUGCUGGAGUAAUUGAGGUUCCUCGAAUUUUUCAUCAUCCACCAGAUGAGUACUCCAUCCAUGAUUCCAGUGAUGAUUGGGAAAGCCAAUAUAGCAUUCCAGUUAUUGAUCUUGAAGGGCUUUCAGAUUCAACUAAACGAAAGGAGAUUGUUGCAAAAGUUGGAGAGGCCUCAGAGACUUGGGGCUUCUUCCAGAUAGUCAACCAUGGAAUACCUGUUGAUGUUCUUGAGGGGAUAAAAGAUGGGGUACGUCGGUUUUAUGAGCAGGACACUGAGGUGAAGAAACAGCUAUAUAGUCGCGAUCACUUCAAAAAUUCUGUGCUCUAUCAUAGCAACUUUGAUCUGUAUAGUGCACCGGCAACUAAUUGGAGGGAUACUUUCAUGUGUUAUAUGGCUCCAACUCCUACUAAACCAGAAGCUUUUCCAGAAGUAUUCAGAGACAUACUUGUUGAGUACUCGGACCAAGUGAUGAAGGUGGGGACGCUAUUGUUCGUGUUGUUGUCUGAAGCUCUUGGAUUAAAAUCAAGUCACUUGAAUGACAUUGAUUGUAGCGAGGGGCUUCUGGUAGCAGGCCAUUACUACCCCCCUUGUCCACAGCCAGAGCUAACUCUAGGUGCAACCAAGCAUGCUGAUAGUGCCUUCCUAACUGUUCUUCUGCAAGACCAUAUUGGUGGUCUUCAGGUCCUUCACCAGAAAAAAUGGUUUAAUGUACCCUAUGUGCCUGGUGCUCUUGUGGUUAACAUUGGAGAUCUACUGCAGCUUAUAUCAAAUGACAGAUUCAAGAGUGUAGAACACAGAGUACUGGCAAACCGUAGAGGUCCACGAGUAUCAGUUGCGUGCUUUUUCUGCACAGGAUUGCUGCCAUUAACAAAACUCUAUGGACCAAUAAAGGAAUUGUUAUCAGAAGAGAAUCCUCCAAAGUACAAGGAGACUACUGUUAGGGACUAUUUUGCCUACUUCAAUCAAAAAGGCCUUGACGGUACCUCUGCCUUGCCUCAUUUUGAGCUUUGAACUUGGAAACCCAAGGAACAUUGCAGUAAUGAAAUCUGUACUAUGUUUGGCAAACAUUUCUUUUGUGUAGAAAAUACUAAUGAAUUUAAGCACUACGGCGAAGAUUAUUGACAAA